CGGCCAAUUGGCGCGAUGUCCGGCGACAGCAGCGGCCGCCGGCCCGAGGGCCGGGGCCGGGGCCGGGACCCGCACCGCGAUCGCACCCGCUCCCGCUCGCGGUCCCCGCUGUCGCCCGCGUCCCGCCGCCGCGAGGCCCCGGAGCGCCCGAGCCUGGACGAGACGGAGCCGUCGGACUCCGGGGACGAGAUGAUGGACCCGGCCAGCCUGGAGGCGGAGACGGACCACGGCCUGUGCCGCCAGAUCCGCCAUCAGUACCGGGCGCUCAUCAACUCCGUGCAACAAAACCGGGAGGAUAUACUGAACGCCAGCGACAAGUUAACGGAGGUCCUCGAGGAGGCCAACACGCUGUUCAAUGAAGUGUCCCGGGCAAGAGAAGCAGUCCUCGACGCGCAUUUUCUUGUUCUGGCCUCGGACUUGGGCAAAGAGAAAGCGAAGCAGCUGCGCUCGGAUCUGAGCUCGUUCGACAUGUUACGAUACGUUGAGACUCUACUGACACAUAUGGGUGUAAAUCCACUAGAAGCUGAAGAACUCAUCCGUGAUGAAGAUAGUUCUGAUUUUGAAUUCAUAGUCUAUGACUCCUGGAAAAUAUCAGGCAAAACAGCAGAAAACACCUUUAAUAAAACCCAUACAUUCCACUUUCUGUUGGGUUCAAUACAAGGAGAGUGCCCUGUGCCAAAGCCGCGCGUCGAUCGUCCAAGGAAAGUUCGCAUGAUAGAAGAGCAGCGAGCGAUGCCUGCCGAGUUAAAAAGAAUGGAAGAAUCUCAUCAAGAAGCAACAGAAAAAGAAGUGGAGCGAAUCCUGGGGCUGUUACAGACAUAUUUUCGAGAAGACCAACCUGUUAGUAAUGAAGAAAACGAGGAGAUUGACCAGAACACCCAAAUCAGGAAUCAGGGGAUCAUAGCUCUGAGUUACCGGGACUGGGAGGAGAUCGUGAGGACGUUUGAGAUUUCUGAGCCUGUGAUUGCUUCGGGCCAGAGCCAGCAGAGUGCUUGACAGGAGCGGAAGGACUCCAAUGGAUGGUGAAAUCCGAAAAGGAAAGUAGCAUGUAUUGUAUAUAUUGUAUGAUUACGCAUUUUUAAAGGAACAUUGUUUUUUGUAACAUGUUAGCUUUUGAUAGGUAAUGAAUUUGUCAUAGUUGUCUUUGAUUAAAGGAAACUCACUGCCAUAUUCACAGCUGGUUGUGGCUAUCCUUCUUUUUCUGAUCACAGGAGAGUUUCUCCUUUUCCCGGUCCUGUCCCCUGGAGAGCCCUGCCCCGUGGCUCACUGUGGGUCCUCUCCCGCUCCCGCUGUCAAGUUGCGAGUCAAGUCAACAACUAGGUGGUACCGUGUGGAACUGUUUGUAUAGGCAGCCAGUGAAAGGUCGAGGAUCCGUGGUUGCACAGUUCAGCCUGUGAUGCACAGCCAGGAAGCAGUUCAGUCUCCUGGCAGGCGGGCUGGACCGCUUCGCCAGCAGCGCCAUCACUGGACCCAUCCUAACGUGCGCUACUCUCAUCUCUGCUGGGCCUUGCGGUACUCUGGGUCUUCGGCAGUUCCUGCUCCCAUUCCGCAGCAUUUUCUUUUCCUGCUUUCUCCCUCCUUCCCUCUGGCCCGGGGGCAGGGGUGUCUGCUCCUGGAAGACUCUGGUCCAUCAGUCAUCCCAGCUGCUCUGUCUGCUGUUUGCUCGCCUCUCAUCUUAAAAUGAAUUUGCUGUGACUCAAGUCACUGUCCCAUCUCCUAUUAAGUAAGAAUCACUGGGCCCGGUGCUGUGGCUCAGCGGGUUAACGCCCUGGCCUCAAGCGCCGACAUCCCAUAUGGGUGCUGGUUCUAGUUCCGGCUGCUCCUCUUCAGAUCCAGCUCUCUGCUAUGGCCUGGGAAAGCAGUAAAAGAUGGCCCAAGUCCUUGGGCCCCUGCAUCCGUGUGGGAGACCCGGAAGAAGCUCCUGGCUUCGGAUCAGCGCAGUUCCAGCUGUUGCAGCCAACUGGGGAGUGAACCAUCGGAUGGAAGAACUCUCUCUUUCUGCCUCUCCU